GAGAUUGAAACCUUUGGCCCAGAAUUGUGAUUAAACUGAUUUUUUAAUCAGUAACUUCUUUGGAUCCAUCGACAUCUAUCAUCUCCACCAAGUCGCCGACUCCCUUCGUAGCUUCACCCUCCGCCAGGCACCAGCACGCAGCAGGACAACACCGCCACUCCGCCAGCACGCCACGUCUAUCUUCAGCCGCUCUCCGUCGCUCACCCUUUGGCGGUUCGGCCAAUCGACCCUUCUCACUUUCACUUCCAACCAUCAAUUUUUUAAAAUAGGCAUGAUGGUGGAAGAAAAUAAGAAGAAACUAGAGAAGAGCAUAUGGGGAUGGGUGGCAAUUGGGGCGGUGGUGGUGGCAUUGGCCAUGGGUUUUUUGCAUACCCACAAUUACAAGUCCUGCACAUGCUCCCAGGAUUCUAGAAAAUAUACAGGGAUUGUUGAAGAUUGCUGUUGUGAUUAUGAAACAGUUGACAGUCUUAAUGCAGCUGUCCUCCAUCCUCUACUCCAAGAGCUUGUCACAACUCCAUUCUUUCGAUACUUUAAGGUGAAGCUAUGGUGUGACUGCCCUUUUUGGCCAGAUGAUGGUAUGUGCAAGUUACGUGACUGCAGUGUGUGUGAAUGUCCAGAGAAUGAAUUUCCAGAGCCUUUUAAGAAACAUGGGCUCCCCUUUGAUGAUCUAAAAUGUCAAGAGGGAAAACCACAAGCAGCUGUUGAUCGCACUCUAGACUCAAAGGCUUUUAGGGGCUGGAUAGAAGUAGAUAACCCUUGGACACAAGAUGAUGAAACUGAUAAUGGUGAAAUGACCUAUGUAAAUCUCUUAUUGAACCCUGAACGAUACACAGGCUAUACUGGACCAUCAGCCCGAAGAAUAUGGGAUGCAGUUUAUUCAGAUAAUUGUAAAUAUGCACCUGGAGAGAUAUGCGAGGAGAAAAAAGUGCUUUAUAAGCUAAUAUCUGGUCUCCACACAUCUAUUUCAACACACAUAGCUGCUGAUUACCUACUUGAUGAAACUAAAAAUUUGUGGGGUAGAAACCUGGAUUUGAUGUAUGAUCGUGUUCUGCAAUUUCCUGACCGUGUCAGAAAUCUGUAUUUUACUUUCCUCUUUGUUCUUAGAGCCGUGACAAAAGCUACUGAUUACUUGGAGCAAGCUGAGUAUGACACAGGUAACCCAGUGGAGGACCUGAAAACACAGUCUCUCAUGCGGCAACUUGUUUACAAUGAAAAACUACGAAAAGCUUGUCCGGUUCCAUUCGACGAAGCUAAACUCUGGAAAGGCCAGAGUGGGCCUGAGCUAAAGCAGCAAAUUCAAAAACAGUUCAGGAAUAUCAGUGCUCUAAUAGAUUGUGUAGGAUGUGAGAAAUGCCGCCUCUGGGGGAAGCUUCAAGUUUUAGGCCUUGGAACUGCCUUAAAAAUCCUCUUCUCCGUGGAUGGUCAGAAGCACCCAAUGCCACCGCUGCAGUUGCAAAGAAACGAAGUCAUUGCCCUGAUGAACCUGCUGAAUCGCCUAUCAGAAUCACUCAAUUUUGUCCGUGAAAUGAGUCCAAACAUUGAGAAAUCAUUGGAGAGACUUGUUUCUGAUCAUUCCGUCUCAGUAAUUAGUUCUUGGCGAAAAGCAGUGGAAGCUGUAGUAGGGAUUCGGUCAAGGAGCUCCACCACGUGAUGAUCAUCCGCCGUGCUUGGAAUAGAUUUGAGUACCCAUUAAUACCACAAUUGGGAACAUAUUCAUAGAACUUUAAUAUUUUAUUAGACUGUAACAAAGAGAGGUAUCUUAUGUAUGUAUAGGCAUGGCUGUAAGCAGAACAUGAGAGAUUACAAAGGUCAAAAUUGAGGAACCAUUUGUGUCAUUUGAUGUGCUUUUGUACAGGUGGCUCAAAUGUGUUUUUUGAAUGUAAGAUUGUAAGCUGUUGUUGAAAUUUGUUGGGAAUGAAAUUACUACCCAUACUUUGAUGUUUGGCCUAUUUGUUGCAUUUAACAAACUGCAGGAGAAAACAGUGUUUGUAGCCAACAAGAUUGAAGCAUUGUUAUGAAAUAUGAAGGAAUAGUUUUCCUUAUCUUCAAAAGAUCAA